AUGUUUGAAUGCGGCGAGGCGCACUUUCAAUCGCUUCUGGUGGAUCUGAAAGAUACGUGGACAGACUUACCUGCUGUUACCAGCAACACCCAAUUCCCGUUCAACUUUACGGAAGCAGAUAUCGAGCGUAUCAAAAUAGAUAACAAUGGUGCAGUGGCCGGAACUGAGCUUGUUACAGAGGUCAAGGAGAAAAUGGGUGAUUUAUGGCCGGACAAAGGCUUCAUCGAGUACGAGCGAUAUGAUGAGUGCGAAGCUGCUCUCCACGAAGUCAGAGACUUGAUAUUGGAGCAGUUGGCCGAGACUGACGAGGAAAAGGCAGAGUACGAGCGCUAUGGGCCAUUUGAAUAA